ACGUUCGAUCUCGACGCCAACGGUAUUCUGAACGUGUCGGCGAAGGAAAUGAGCACUGGCAAGGAGAAAAACAUCACGAUCAAGAACGACAAGGGCCGCUUGUCGCAGGCGGACAUCGAUCGUAUGCUGGCCGAGGCGGAGCGGUUCCGCGAGGAGGAUGAAAAGCAGCGUGAGCGAGUCGCCGCUCGCAAUCAGCUCGAGGCGUACUGUUUCAGCCUGAAGCAAUCGCUCGAAUCAGCCGGAUCGAAGCUGAGCGAAAGCGACCGCAAAACGGUGGAAGACCGAUGCAACGAGACUCUGCGCUGGAUCGAUGGCAACAGUAUGGCAGAGAAGGAAGAGUACGAUCACAAGAUGCAGGAGCUUACGCGAGCCUGCAGUCCGAUCAUGACGAAGCUGCAUCAGCAAUCGGGAGCAGGCCCGGCUCCGACCAGCUGUGGACAGCAAGCGGGUGGUUUCGGUGGACGCUCGGGACCGACAGUAGAGGAGGUGGACUAAGCAGA